GGGAGCAGAGGACGACGGGGAAGACCUGGAGCUCGGGGAAGACCCGGUCCAGAAGGACCUCCUGGAAAACAUGGGCCCCUAGGGCCUCGAGGAGCAAUGGGCAUGAAAGGUGAUCUAGGACUGCCGGGUUACCAGGGUCCCGCGGGACCUGUCGGGCCUCCGGGAGAAAAAGGUGUUAAAGGUGAGCCGGGUAAGUCUAUCUCUGCUCCUUCUCUGCUGCAGCCUCCUGUUGAAACGACCGUCAAUGAAAGUCAGACAGCCAUCUUCAAAUGUACAGUGGACAGUAAUCCACCUGCACAUGUCACGUGGUCUAAGCAGAACUCAUCUCUUCCAGUGGGACGUCAUGUGGUAGAGUCCAGUGGUGCUCUGAUUGUGAAUGACGUUAGACCUGGAGACGAAGGAUUUUACAACUGCAGGGCUAAAAAUUUGCUGGGAAGCGUCAACGCUACAGCGAAACUAAUUGUUCAGUGUGAGUUUUGUUUAUUUUAA